GACCGGGUCAGAGCUGCGCCGGGCGCCAAAUUCAAACCGGGGCCGCCGCCCUGCAUCGGCCCUGCCCCGGCCCCGCAGCUGCCGAGCCGCGACCGGUGCCCGCCACCACCCUCCCGGGCCCCUGGCAGGGGUCGGCACCCCUCGGAGGGCCGCGCUAAGGCCUCCGCGCGGGCGGGAGCGGGCAGCGCCUAGGCCCGGCCCGGGCGGAAGGCCCCGCGGGAGCAGGAUUUUGUUCCUCUCUCUUUCAAUGGAGAGUGACAGUAUAGAUCAAUAAUGAGGACCAGCCCUCGCAGGCCCUUAAUUCUCAAAAGAAGAAAACUGACCCUCCCACAGAACGAUGAAUCCAGUACUUCAGCAAGAGAUGAGAACAGAGGUCAGGAUGAAAAGGCUCCUAAGGAGGAGCACAGGCAGGAAGACCAACAUAACAGACAACCCAGAGACAAAAGGGACUGUGGCCUGCAGAAAUUCCCAGCAGGAAUAAAGAUAAUUGACCACCCUACAAUGCCCAACACACAGGUGGUGGCCAUCCCUACAAAUGCUGAUAUCCAGAGCAUCAUAGAGGCAUUGACAGCAAAAGGAAAAGAGUGUGGCAACAAUGGACCCAACAAGUUCAUUCUCAUUAGCAGUGGGGGCACAUCCCGUUCAGCAGGUCCAGCACCAUCGCAGCAUCUCCCAUCAGAGAAGAAAGCCAGUGCAGCCAUCAAGGCUGCAGUCAGUCAAGAAAGAGAGAAGAAUGUUGCACAGAUGCCUGCUCUUGCAGGCAGUACAGCGCCCUGGCAUUCAGGAGUUGAUCCUGUGGUUGGACAGGAGCAGGAGACCAACAGCAGUGGCGAGACAAUGAGCUCUGUGUUGGACAACAGCCUCACCAACAUCCAGUGGCUGGGGAAGAUGAGAUCUGAUGGGCUAAAUCCCUCUUCUGUGAAGGAAGACACAGAGAAAGAGAAUCAGAUGCCUCUGCAGGAAAGAGUCAAGACUGAAGAGGAAGCUGCUGCUGCUAUUCCUACUGCUGCUGAGUCCUCCUCAUGGCAGGAUUCGGUGUCAGAACGACCUCCUUACUCCUACAUGGCCAUGAUCCAGUUUGCCAUCAACAGCACGGAGAAGAAGCGCAUGACGCUGAAGGACAUCUAUACCUGGAUUGAGGAUCAUUUCCCUUAUUUUAAACAUGUAGCUAAGCCAGGUUGGAAGAACUCCAUCCGGCACAACCUGUCCCUUCAUGAUAUGUUUGUCCGUGAGACAUCUGCCAAUGGUAAAAUCUCCUUCUGGACUAUUCACCCUGAUGCAAACCGUUGCCUAACAUUGGACCAGGUAUUUAAGCCGCUGGACUUGGGGUCACCAACAUCGCCUGAGUACUCUGAAUCACAACAAAAGAAUCGUCUCCCAGAUCCUCUGAAGAACAUGGGAAGCAAAACAGAACCCCAGAAUUCACGCCGAAAGAUGAAGCCUUUGCUUCCUCGUGUCAACUCCUACCUGGUUCCAAUCCAGUUUCCUUUGAGUCAGCCUCUUGUCUUGCAGCCUUCUGUGAAGGUUCCUCUGUCCAUGGCACAGGGAGCAUCACUUAACAGCUUGGAGACUUCGCAGAGCAAUAAGUGUGUGUGCAUUGCUCCAAAGAUGUCACUGCCUGCAGAAGAGUCGCCCUCUUUACCCACAGCUGCUGUAAAGGAGGAGGGUCAAUGUGAUGCAGGUCUAUUUUCCCCAACCCAUUCUGUACAGAACAGCUCCCAGCCUGGUGAGGAAUUGUCUUCUUUCCCAGAGGGUGCCUGUGUGAAGGAGGAAGAAGGCUCUCAGCUGGAUCCCUGGCUGUCCCCAUUUGCCUCAACUGUAACGGUCAAGGAAGAGCCAAGCUUGUUCUUCCCAGACUCAUCCACAAAGGAGAGGAAACAGUUCACCACACUGAAGUCCCCAUCUAAGGCAGUUUCUGACUCUUUAGUUAUAAAGAGGAGGGAAAGGCGGGAAGUGGGCAGAUCCAGAAGGAAACAACGCCUAGCACUGCCUUGUUCAGAAGAGCCUGUCCUUGUUCUGCCAGAAAGCAGCAGCUUUGACCCUUUCCGGUUAGGGGCAGACCGUCCCUUCCCCCAGGAAAACCAGCCCCUUGAGAACAUAUUACAGCUUAGCUGCUCACAGGGAGAAGAGGGGGCCUUUAAAACACCAGUCAAAGACAUCUUCAGAAAAUUGCCCAUUUCUUCCACUCCCAGCAAAGUUUCAGCCACUACUACCCCUUCACUAGAGGUCCUUGACCCCUGGAAGUCUGCUUCCUUAGCCAAAGGAAGUCAUGAGCUGGACUUCAGUCCUGUGAAAACCCAUCAGUUGCCAUUCACACCCCUCCAGGACAACCAGGACUUGCUGGGUUUUAACAGCACACCUCUUAAAAAUCCUCUCUUUGAUUCUCCUCGAGAACUGCUCAAUACAGAAUCCGGUGACAUGGUCCUUGUGCCCCUCACGAGCUCUCCAGCAUUUAUUCAUGACACUUCCAAGCAAUCCUCUGUUGAACUGACAGCCUCUGGCUUUACUGAAAACCGAUCACUUAUGGAGGGCCUUAUCCUGGACACCAUGAAUGACAGUCUCAGCAAAAUCCUUCUAGAUAUCAGCUUUCCUGGUCUUGAGGAUGAAAAUUUAGGAACAGACAUUAGUUGGUCUCAGCUCAUACCUGAACUUAAGUGAACUCGUCUGAGGAAUGAACUUGACUUAUUCUGAUGUUACAGAAAGAACUCCACUCUUCUGAGAUUCAUUAAUGAAAUCUAAGACAACUGCUUUUGUCUAGUUCCCACAUCCAUGAGAGCAGAGAGCAUUAUUGACUCCUGCUAAGCUGGGAGACAGCCCCAUCAGCUGCUAUGGGCUUCCUUUUAAGAUGCUGUAGACUUUGAGUAGAACAAGAUGAUAGAAUUUCUCUAGCCUUGUGCUAGAGAUAAGAAUCCCUGGAGAGAGGCUAUCAUGAGAACACCUAGGUAGGCCCUGAAUGGCAUUUGCUAUUCAAGGUAUCAGAGGAAACAAUAGUACAAUAGGAAAGAGCCUGGGAAUCUCCUCCUAGCUCUGUCCUAAUAUCCCUUUACUUUGUAUCCCCUAUUACUCGGUAUCUUCUGUCUAGUUUUAAUGGCUGUAAAUACUGUACAUUCCUUAAAUUAGCCCUUAAUUAUAAUAAUAAUUUUAUUAUUGUAUGGUUAUGGGAAUAUUUAGCUUGGUAAGGGUUUGACCUAGAGUAUGUUGUCCAUAUGUUCACAUCUCUUGUAUUCUUCUACCCUAGCUGAAAGCCUUUUUUUUUUUUUUUUUUUUUUUUUUACUUCAGAAACACAUUGGUCUAGGCUGUUCUAAAGGUUGCUGGGACAAAGAUCUGAAUAAUUGUUUAUAUGUGACCCAAGUUAAACUGAAACAGGUUAUCUGGAUUGCAGCAUAAAAUCUUGGUUUGGCUUCUUUUUCCCAGGCUGGAAUGGAGAAGAACUUGGAUCAAGCCAUAUAGCUCUUCUGAUUUCAGAGGUCUAUUAUGUACCUAGAGGUAUGGGUAUUGACACUUGCAGUAAGAUGGACCUCUGUUGAAUGGUUAAAGCUGCCCUCAUUACACUCAGCAGUUCAAAAUGUAAAAGGGAAUAUAAAAUAUAUUAUAUUCCCUUUAAAUAUAAAGGGAAUGCUGAUAUUUCCACUGAAAAUUGACUUCUGCAAACACAAGGUAUGUCUCGCUUGGUGCAAUAGAAAAACUCCUCCUAGUUCUCUAGAACUUAAGUCAUGGAAGAAACUGCCAUGGCAAAGAUCUGAUCCUUCUGCUUGCAGACAAGUGGUGACUCCUGUAUCCAAAUACUCAAUAAAGCUUCUGUGGGAGCACAGCUGAGUGUUAUCUGUACCACCCCUAGCAGCCUGCUGGGAUUGGCCCAUAGCACGGGCAACCCCUUCUUAUCUCAUGUCUGUGUGCUUUGUGAUCACUGAGUGACCAUUAGGACAUUUUCAAGCCUUGUUGGCCAAACCACAUUAGAUUUAGUUAACCCACGGCUUCAUAAAACACACUUUUUCCUGCUGCUUAUGGGUAAAUCCUGAGUCAGGAUUUCUGUCUGAGUCAGAAGCAUACAAACAUCACAACACCACCAGCAGAUGAAUUUCUGUAUCUUCUAAAUGCAAAACAAAUAUUGCUUGAAACUGUUUCUACCUUCUCCUAUAAACAUAAAACCAGUUUUGGAUGUGUGUGGUUUUCAGAACCGCAGUGCUCCUGUGUACUACUUAGAGGUUAUUUGCCCUCAUAAAAUGUUUCCAAAGUUUGGUUUAAUGGUUAUUUCAGUUUUUGUGGGCUUACAAAGCUGCAGAAGAGGCCUGGUUUUGCACACUUUCUACUAGUACAUCUUACACAGCUGUUAACACUCUGCUUGGCUCCUUCAAGGCAUCCUCUUUCCCUUUCAUCUCACUUCUUGCUCCUGAGAGGCUGUGUGCACAUAACUGACACCUGAGAGCCAGCUAAAUAAGAUCAUGUCUCCAGCAAAUACUGAAAUUUUCUUGUCUUUGGUGUCAAUUCCAGGGAGGUGUGACCCUGCUGUCCCUGUCAGCUGAGGUGUUCGAUGGACCCAUCACAUUUUAUUUUGAGCAUAGUAGUGCCAAAGUUUUGUUUCCCUUCUUGUUACAUAUUCCAGUGAGAGCACUGCUCAAGGGCAAUUAUAUCAAAAAAGGUGGAGGGAACAGCAGAAAAAAUUACAAUAAGCAAUUCUACCUCUUGCCAGAAGAGCUUUUCCAGUGUUUUGGCCAAAGUAGUUCAAAGCACCAGGUGGUGAGGACUUAUUCACAAAAUAUUACUAUUUCUCUUCAUUUAUAUUUGCCUGAUAUUCUGCCUGGAUGCUUUCCUUAAGGAAAGGCAGUUAUCACUUGUCCCUCUGCAGGCUCAGAAUUAGGGUUAUAGUGUAAAGGUGUGAUCUUGUCAGACAAUGGAUGCCUCUGUCCACCCUCCUGCAGUAAGAACAGGCCCAUACUUCAUGUCUUCUCAUCAACCCAAGAGCAGGAAGGCACAGCUCUUCACACCCUUUGCACAGCACUCCCUGGGCUUCUCUGAGUAACAUGUAGGAGCAUCCCAGGACUGUCCUUGCAUUCUGAUAAUAGACAAAGCUCUUUAACACCUUCCAGCUUGUAAAAGCAAACAAUUUAAUAUAAAAAUUUUAGGGGCUCUGGGACAGGCAAAUCUACAGGGAGCCAGCAAGUACUGUGGAUGCUCUGCUCCUCUGACAAUUCUGCUCCAUACCCGGAGUGUGACACACAAAGGAGAAGGUAAUUCCCUGUCAUUGGUUGAGUGGGGUUCCUCCCCCUAUGUUUUGUCAGCUGAGAAGGACUGGAUGCCCCCUCAGAUGACAUAAGCAAGGACAAUUGCCACCCUUUUACUUUUGCAACUUGUCUGGUAGCAGAAAAACUUGAUCACUUCCCCAUAUGGAAGAAAAGAGACCCUGUUUUACAUUGCAGAAAUAUUUUUAUGAGGAUGUCAGGCCUUCAUUUCUCCCCAAAGGCAGUUUAGCUCUUAACAAAGGUGAAAAUUUCUUUUUUAGUAAACUACCUGGCUUCCUCUUUGUCCUAGGGUGAGGUUAUGAUGCUUGUAUCCCCAAUCUUGUGCUCUGUUAGUGCUGGAUAUUACAUACUGUGCCCUCAAGACUGGCUCUGAAGAGCAAGGUUUGUUUUGGUUUGUUAUCAGCCUGCUCCCCCACGGCUGGCGGGACAGUACAUAGUGCGGCUUUUGCUUUUUGCUGCUUUGCUCUUGCUCCUGCUUCGCUCCUGCUUUGCUCCCGCUCUGCUUUUGCUUUUUUUGCUUCUGUUAGUUAGUUUAGCUAAGCGGUCCAGAAUUUUUCCCUGGACUGUUUUUCCCUUCCCUUUUUGGAAUCAUUCAAACCUGCUCCGGACUGGACCUGGGAAACACCAAGAGUUUACAUCUGGUGGCUGCAGCAGCUAUCCCCAGCGCCGGAGGGAGCAACAACAGAGCGACCACUCCCAGGAAAGACUUUCUGCAUUUGUCAUCCUUUUCAGAUUGGUGAAAGUGUUGUCAUCUCAUAUUGUUCAUUUUGUGUGCUGGCAGUGUUUUGCUUGUUAAAUAAACUGGUUCUUUCCACUUC